AUGAAUCGAGUUUAUUUUUUUAUUACAAAAUUUCAGGCAAUUCUUAAUCGUCAAGCUUAUUUUCGUCGAAGAAUGGCUGGUUGUCGGUUUGGCCAAAAUAUGGGAUCUUAUGUCUCAUGGUUAUACGUCUUUAUAAAAGCUCUUUAUUUGCUAAACGUCACGGGUCAAUUUUUUAUUCUCAAUUCUUUCAUUGGAAGUACCUACCGAUGGUGGGGAAUUGAUGUAUUAAAUGCUUUACUUGCUGGGGAGAAUUGGCAGGAUUCUCCAAUAUUUCCUCGUCUUACUCUUUGUGAUGUUCCAAUACGUCGGUUGGGAGACACUCCAAGAUAUACACUUCAAUGUCAUUUGAGAAUAAAUACAUACAACGAAAAGAUUUAUUUAUUUAUUUGGUGGGCUUUUUUAAAGUUUAAUCAUUUUAAGCGCUAUAAUCGUCUUAAUUGA